AUCAAGCCUUGUGUGGCUUUCCGCAUCGUCUUGCAAGCCUUGACCCGCACCUCACCUUCUCGCAACCAUUUCAGGCAGUCAACCGGCAGAGGAAGAUACCAGAGUCGAUACCCGUCUCUGACUACCUGCCACUGGAAGGAGCGAUACGUGCCCUCGUCAAGGCCCCCAUGCAACUGCCCUUUGUCGCCGAAAGCCGCCGUGCAUGCCAUAAAUGCCCCACCAUUCAUCCAACAAAUCGGCCUUCUUGCUCUUGUCAUGAAGGCUCCGCCAACACCAACACAAUAACUCUUACAGGUCCUGUCUGCACGUUAUCAGAGAGCCCAUCUGGGAACGGGAGCGCUCGGUAAAAAUGACGUCAAAUAACCAUGCAAAUGGUGCAGACGGAUCACCACUUCCCGCAACUCACACUCCAGAAUGGAACCCCGCAGCGCUAUUGAACCCGAAGAGUGCCAACUUUACAUCUUCGAGGCCGCAGCCACUCACUUCCCUGACAAGUCCAAUGGCGAGCGGCUCAGCCUCGACCGCGCCGCUCGAGUUUCGUUUCCCGAGUGCCGGUCCUGCCGCCGGUCCCAAUAAUUUCGGCUUGCCUUACCAUGGUCAAUAUCAGUUUCGAGAUACCGUUCCGGUUCUCGGCGCGAGGCCCGGCUUGGGGAACUUCGUUGAACGAAUGAAUAAUGUUCAGGACCGAAGCGAUGUGCCCCAGCCGAAGCGCAGGAAGACCGAAAACGAGGAUGACAUGCCUAACGCGACUCCAGGCUUUCAGGGUGGUGGCGCUGGGGCACUCAGCCAGUAUGUCCAGGAAAAGCAGAUCGAAGGCAGAGUCGCGUCGACAGCUAGGCGCAUUGAGACAGUUGACCUAACUGAAGGUGACGAGAACCUCAACAACGUCGACAAGGUGAAGGAGCAAGAGAAGGACGAGGAGGUCUGCCUUGGCAUGAUCGAGGGAGCAAUGAUCAACUGCCACAAAGUUCCGGCGCCGAAGCCGGGCAUGAUGUCCAUAGGCGGUAGUGACUACUGGCCACAGGUCAAGGUUGUGCUGAGGAGGAAGACGGACGAAGUCACCACCAAGAUACAGGUCUACGACUACACCCGGCAAGUAUUCGGACUGGUCGACCCCAAGACGUCCAGCGGCCUUGCAGCCCUCCUGGAUUCUCCCUUGCAGAUCCGCACCGACUGCCGCAUCCCCUCGCGGCGAAGGCAGCCGGACGAACAACUGGGCCAGCCCACAUCCCGCCAAUAUAAGUUCGAGUUGAUGGUAUACAGCCCUCGAAAGUAUGCCAGACAAAUCGGGAGACACCUGGCUAGUAGGAUGCUAUCCCUGAUCAGCCCUCCACGAGUGGAUGCUGGAGUUAAGGUCUUCAAUCCCCAUUCCAAGGAGGCCAAGGGACCGCCACCAACUCCGCGCUAUAGCGUUUCUAGUGCAGACGGCUAUACGUACACUCAGCCACCCCCCGCGAUGCGUACGGCGGAAGAGAUCCGGUCUGAAAUCAUGGGUGUUUUCGACUCUCUGACAAAAUCGGAAGAUCUUCCGGAACUCGAACCGGAUGAUCGCGUGCAGACAGAGCUGCUCAAGCACCAAAAGCAGGCUCUUUAUUUCAUGACGAACAGGGAGGAGGGAAAUACGCCGCUCCUUUCCGAGAACACGUCCAUCAUCAGCUCAAGCUGGCAGCGCAAGAAGGGCAGAAACGGGGAGGAUUUCUAUUACAACGUCAUCACCAGCCAAACGCAACGGGAACCGCCACCGCCGACCAGAGGAGGGAUUCUGGCAGAUAUGAUGGGACUGGGCAAGACUCUCAGUGUGCUUUCUGUCGUCACCAGGACCCUUACAAGUGCGUCGGAAUGGGCUGGCCUCCCACCAUUGCAGCCCAAGCCUCCUGAGAAGAAGCAGCCGCAUCCCUCAAAGCAGUUCGAUAUGCCCAAGGCUCAGGGAUUGGGCCUUACUCGUCUGCGCCAGAACGGAAAAGCCACUCUCCUGAUCUGCCCGUUGAGCACCAUCGCCAACUGGGAGGAGCAGCUGAAGCAGCAUAUUAAACCGGGCUCGUUGACCCAUCACAUUUACCAUGGCGCGAACCGCAUCAAGGAUGUUGACCAGCUGUCGCAGUUUGAUCUAGUCAUCACCACCUACGGGUCUGUCUCAAGCGAGCUCACCAGCCGCCAUCGUGGGAAGAAAGGUCCGUUUCCGCUCGAGGAGAUCGGAUGGUUCCGGAUCGUGCUCGACGAGGCACACAUGAUCCGAGAGCAGAGCACCUUGCAAUUCAAAGCAGUAUGCCGCCUGCAAGCGAGUCGCCGGUGGGCAGUGACUGGGACGCCAAUUCAGAAUCGACUGGACGAUCUGGCUGCUCUGCUCGCAUUCCUGCGCUUGAAGCCCUUUGAUGAUAAGAGCAAGUUCUUGCAAUACAUCGUCGUCCCAUUCAAGAACGCCGAUCCAGAGAUCGUCCCCAAGCUCCGCGUACUGGUCGAUACCAUCACACUUCGCCGUCUGAAGGACAAAAUCAAUCUGCCUCCAAGGACGGACCACAUCAUCCGCCUCAACUUCUCUCCCGAGGAGCAGCGCAUCUACGACCUAUUCGCCAAGAACGCCCAAGACAGAGUGCAGGUUCUUACUGGCCAGGGCCGGGAUAAGAUCCUGGGUGGCAAGUCGUAUAUCCACAUUCUGCAAUCCAUCCUCCGACUUCGCUUGAUAUGCGCCCAUGGGAAAGAGCUUCUCGGCGAAGAUGACUUUAGGCUGCUCCAGGGAAUGACUGCGGAUGCACCUAUCGACCUUGACAGCGACGACGAGGAAGACAAACCGGCUCUCCAAGAGGCGAAGGCAUACGAGCUCCUCGACCUCAUGAAGGAGACCAAUAACGACAACUGUGUCAAAUGCGGUCGCAAGUUGGGGGUCAACGAAGCCGCAGACAUUGAGUCGGAGCGCCAAGAGGACAUUCUAGGCUACAUGACGCCGUGCUUCCACAUCUUCUGCACCACCUGCAUCAGCUCUUUCCGAGAUGACAUGUCCGGCGCUGCUCACGACAGCCAUGGCUACGGGCAAUGCCCCAUUUGCAACAUCCAUGUCAAGUUCUCUUGCGUGGAGCUCCGCCACACACGCGCCGAUGUUGAGCACGAGUCCCAUUCGCGCCCUAAGAACGCCAUGAAGGGAAAGAUGGUGCAGGACGAACGUUACGGCGGCCCUCACACCAAGACCCGCGCCCUGGUUGAGGAACUGCUUGCGUGCAAGGCGAGGAGCGAGAAGGAACCAGACCAGCCCCCAUACAAGUCCGUCGUGUUCUCGGGCUGGACUUCGCAUCUCGAUCUCAUCCAGGUCGCCCUCGACGAGGCAGGGAUAACCUACACUCGGCUAGAUGGCAAAAUGACGCGCAUCGCCCGCACGGCCGCGAUGGACGCCUUCCGCGACGACCCGGCCGUGCAGGUCAUCCUCGUGUCCAUCAUGGCUGGCGGGCUGGGCCUUAACCUCACGACUGCCAAUAGCGUGUACGUCAUGGAGCCCCAGUACAAUCCCGCGGCCGAGGCACAGGCUAUCGACCGAGUGCACAGGCUGGGCCAGAAGCGACCUGUGCGGACUGUCCGGUACAUCAUGGGCGGCAGUUUCGAGGAGAAGAUGCUCGAGCUGCAGGACAAGAAGAUGAAGUUGGCCAGUCUCAGCAUGGACGGCCGCGACAAGGAGAAGGUCAUGGACCGGACGGAGGCUGCAAGGCAGCGUUUGAUGGACUUGAGGAGCCUCUUCAAGUGAGGGAGCGGAUGGGAUCUCUCCCUCUUUUCUUUUCUUUUCUUUUUUUUCCCUUUCCUUUCCUUUCCGUCUUUUCUCAGACGCGGAAUAGCGGUGCAUAACCGGGCUGGGAAC